GGCAGUUAAAUAUUCAUGAAAUUUUAAUUCGUACAAAUCUUAUAUAUACAUACAUAACCAUGUUUAUCCUUGCUUCUAAAAUGAGAUUGAGUGUGCUUUAAAAAUGAUGAGAGAACUUUUUUAGUAUUGUACCUAGUCUUUUCUAAUUGCUUGAACUAUUUGCCAAUGAAAAUCUAUAAAACAAAAAUAGUGAAUAUACUGAACACGGUACAAAUGUAAAAAUAAAAAUGGGUGUUAUAUUUCUUGAGCACAUUGGUGGCACUCGUCUUUUUUCUUGUGCAUCUUGCGAUACAAAUUUAACGAAUAGAGAUCAGCUGAUAAGUACGCGAUUCACCGGAGCAACAGGCCGAGCAUUUCUUUUCAAUAAAGUCGUCAAUCUAAAAUAUAGUGAAGUACAAGAUAGAGUAAUGCUAACUGGACGUCACAUGGUACGAGAUGUGAGCUGCAAAAAUUGUGAUGCUAAAUUAGGAUGGAUGUAUGAAUUUGCUACAGAUAAGAACCAACAAUAUAAAGAAGGAAAAGUUAUUUUGGAGCGAGCUCUUAUCACAGAAAGUGAAGGCAUAGGUGAAAGUAUAUAGGUAAUAUGUGGAAAGUAUAGUAUAAGUUUCCAUAUAUUAAUUAGAUUUAUAUUAAUAGUAUAAUGAUGUAAUUCUUUUUAGUUUAUAUUAAGU